ACUGUGGCGUUCCUCCGUCGAUAGACCAUACAGAUGUUAACAUCAAUUCAACGUUGCUGGGACACACUGCCGUUUAUUCAUGCCGAGAUGGCCUUAAGCAGCAGUAUGGGUCUGACCAGGCCACCUGUCUUGACACAGGCGUAUGGGAAAUGGCUGAUAUGAAAUGCGCAGUUAACUGUGGAGACCCGCCAGCAAUAAACAGAACCAAUGUCUCGCCUACCGAUGGGUUUGUGAACGAGACCGUUGAGUACACGUGUAAACCUGGGUAUGCGCACGUGUCGGGCUCACCAGUCAUCACCUGCCCAGAUACUGGCACAUGGGAAGAACCGGGGAUAUAUUGUGAAGUGAACUGUGGAAAACCUCCUUCCAUAAACAGAGGCGAGGUCUCGCCUACCGAUGGUUUUGUGAACGAGACAGUUGAGUACACGUGUAAACCUGGGUAUGCGCACGUGUCGGGGUCACCAGUCAUCACCUGCCUCGAUACAGGCACAUGGGAAGAACCGGGGAUAUAUUGUGAAGUCGACUGCAGCAGUCCACCGGUUGUUGCCAACACUGUUGUGAUCACAGACAAUACAACACGGAACAGUAUCGCGGUGUACAGAUGUACUCCUGGGUUUGUACACGCCAGUGGAUCAACCAACAUCACAUGUCUGGGUACAGGUUUCUGGGAGACUCCCUUCAUGCAGUGUGUUGAUACACCGUUGCCCUCGACUAUGGCGUCGCCAACAACACCAGACGCACCAGUGAAUAAAUUCGGAAGGACAAUCUACGAAAAAUGUACUUGCCGAUGCAUCAACAAACAACGCGUGGACCAAGAAGACAUGGUCAAGAAAAUAACAAAAGAACUUAUUUUGGACAUAAAGAGUCUCAAAUCCUACACAAGGACAAAGGAAAGUCUUCCGGACGGUAGGAAGUCGUCUCAAGGAGUGGGAUAUAUUGCAAUGUCUGUGAUUGGGGUUCUGUUUGGAGUUGUAUUUCUUUCUGAUAUUUACUAUUUGAUAAAUGUAAUCGUGGGAUGCUUUAGUGCCCGUCAGUGAUAACAGUCAUACAACAUUUGUUGCUAGGACUUCGGAUAUCAAAAUUCAUUUGGUUUCGAGUUAAGAAUUGGUGGUUCGAUAGGUAAGCCCACGAGGGUCUGUGUUUAUUCUUUGAUAUUCUGAGAUAUUGGGUUACAAAAUCUAAAUCUUUGGUUUGGACAAAGCAGGCGAUAUUUGGAAAUAGCUUCCUAUUUUUAAAACUGUUGGAGGUAUUAGUUUCUUGUAAUAGUUCGAUAAUGUUGAAUGAAUAGGGAACACGUAACGGUUAUAACUGACUGACUGACUGAGUUUAGUUUUACGCCACUUUUAGCAAUAUUCCAGCAAUA